AUGGCUGGGACAGCGAGGCAUGACCGGGAAAUGGCGAUUCAGGCCAAGAAGAGGCUUGUUACAGCCACAGACCCCAUUGAAAGACUCCGGCUGCAGUGCUUAGCCAGAGGGUCAGCUGGCAUCAAAGGCCUGGGCAGAGUAUUUCGGAUCAUGGAUGAUGAUAACAGCCGAACCAUUGACUUCAAAGAGUUCAUGAAAGGGUUAAAUGAUUAUGCUGUGGUGAUGGAGAAAGAAGAAGCCCAAGAGCUCUUUAGUCGAUUCGAUAAAGAUAGAAAUGGGAAAAUAGAUUUUAAUGAAUUUCUUCUCACAUUAAGACCCCCAAUGUCAAGAGCCAGAAAAGAGGUCAUCAUGCAGGCCUUCCGGAAGUUAGACAAGACAGGCGAUGGUGUGAUAACAAUUGAGGAUUUACGUGGGGUGUACAAUGUAAAACACCAUCCAAAGUAUCAGAAUGGAGAAUGGUCAGAAGAGCAAGUUUUCAGAAAAUUUCUGGAUAACUUUGAUUCGCCCUAUGACAAGGAUGGAUUGGUUACACCAGAGGAAUUCAUGAACUACUAUUCAGGAGUGAGUGCAUCGAUUGACACUGAUAUCUAUUUCAUCAUCAUGAUGAGAACCGCGUGGAAACUCUAA